UCAAAGGAAAGAAUAUAGAAAGACGCAGCAAAUACAAAAAUGGCAGCGCCUACUGUGCAGAAAGUUCAAGAAAUACGUGAAGUCACUAGAAUUGAACGAAUUGGUGCCCAUUCACACAUUCGUGGUCUUGGUCUCAAUGAUGCACUUGAAGCAAGAGAUAUUUCCCAGGGGAUGGUAGGCCAAAAUGCUGCUCGUAAAGCUGCUGGCAUCAUCAUGGAGAUAAUUAAAGAAGGAAAAAUUGCUGGCCGGUCAAUUCUAAUUGCAGGACAACCAGGUUCUGGCAAAACUGCAAUAGCAAUGGGCAUGGCUCAAGCUCUUGGAGUAAAUACACAGUUUACCAGCAUUGCAGGAAGUGAAAUAUUCUCUCUGGAAAUGAGUAAAACAGAAGCUCUAACCCAAGCUUUCCGCAAAUCUAUUGGUGUUAGGAUCAAAGAAGAAACAGAAAUCAUUGAAGGUGAAGUUGUUGAAAUUCAAAUAGAUCGACCAGCCACUGGUACCGGAGCUAAAGUUGGAAAAUUGACUCUGAAGACCACAGAUAUGGAAACAAUCUAUGACUUAGGACAGAAAAUGAUUGAAUCUUUAACAAAAGAGAAAGUGCAAGCUGGAGAUAUCAUUACAGUUGAUAAAGCUACGGGCAAAAUAUCUAAACUUGGAAGAUCUUUCACUAGAGCCAGAGAUUAUGAUGCUAUGGGGGCUCAGACACGCUUUGUGCAAUGCCCAGAAGGAGAAUUGCAAAAACGGAAAGAGGUUGUACACACAGUAACCUUACAUGAAAUUGAUGUCAUUAACAGUCGGACGCAAGGCUUUCUUGCAUUGUUUUCAGGUGAUACUGGUGAAAUAAAGGCUGAAGUAAGAGAGCAAAUUAACUGUAAGGUUGCUGAAUGGCGAGAAGAAGGAAAAGCUGAAAUUGUUCCUGGUGUAUUGUUCAUUGAUGAAGUGCAUAUGUUAGACAUUGAAUGUUUCUCAUUCUUGAACCGGGCUUUAGAAACUGAUAUGGCUCCUGUACUGGUAAUGGCUACAAAUCGUGGUAUCACACGAAUUCGUGGAACCCAGUAUUUAAGUCCUCAUGGUAUCCCAAUAGAUCUUCUGGACCGUUUACUGAUCAUUUCUACUUCUCCUUAUGAAGAUAAAGAAAUAAAACAGAUUCUCAAGAUCAGAUGUGAAGAAGAGGAUGUGGAAAUGAGUGACGAUGCCCUCACUGUUCUCACACGUAUUGGUAUGGAGACAUCUGUUCGUUAUGCUAUUCAGCUCAUUACAACAGCAAAUUUAGUAUGCCGGAAGCGAAAGGGUACUGAAGUUGAUGUGGAUGACAUAAAGAGAGUCUAUUCAUUGUUUUUGGAUGAGUCUCGUUCAACUCAAUUCCUCAAGGAAUACCAGCAAGAAUUUAUGUUUAAUGAACUUGCAGAAAACAUGGACACUAAUUAGGUGUGAGGAAGAAGAUAACGGAACACCUUGUAUCAACACCUGAAUGCAUUGCCAACUUGGUGUGAAGCUUUAUUUAGUACCAUUAAGAACUAUUCUAUCUUCAAUCAUUCAAACAAUUUUAAGUAAAUAAAAUGAAAUUUCAAUUCAA